AUGGGAAAAAUUAAUAUUCCUCUUUUGCUUCUCGUCCUCUCUGUUGUGGCUGUAGUCGAGAGCAACACUAGUCGAUUGCGUCCUCACUCGACCUUUAUAGAGACACAAUGCAGGCGAACGCGUUAUCCAGAACCAUGUGUGACAUUUCUAUCCAAAUAUGUAAAUCCAACAUCACAAGAUCCUCAAGAAAUAGCUCAAGUUGCCUUGAAAGUGAGCCUAGUUAGGGCUCUACAUACAAAAGCUUACAUAGCAAAGGUAUGUAAGGAACCUAAGCAAAUGAAGGCAAAGGAUUAUCAAGCAAUAAAAGAAUGUCUUGUUCAUAUCUCUCAUGGUGUUUCCCAACUCACAAAUGCUGUCAAAGAGCUUCACAAUUUGAAGUUAGAUGGGCAAUUAGAAGAGUUUUUAUGGCAUCAAAAUAAUGUUCAAACUUGGCUUAGUACAGUAUUAACUGAUGUUUACACUUGCAUGGAUGGACUUUCUGGUUAUUCCAAGGGUGGAAAAGUGCAGGCUACCAUUAAAGCUAAGGUUCUUAACGUUGCACAAGUCACUAGCAAUGCUCUAGCUUUGUUUAAUGGAUUUGCUGCUAAGUAUAAGACCUCUCAUCAUGCUAGCUAUGACAGUAACAAACCCUAA